AUGGAAUCAGAUAAAGAAUUAACUAUGACUAGUAAAGAAAUGAGUGAAGCUGAAGUUAUGGAUAAGAAUAUGGAGGAAAAGUUGUUUCUCAGUAGAUUUUUGGAUUCAAGUAAAUCAAAGGACCAAUCCGUCAGUUUAUCAGAUUUACAAAAUGAGAUAGAUACUGAACUUAAAGAAACGCAAGCAUCUACAGCCGAAAAGAUAAUACCACCUUCAGAGAAAUGGAAAGUAUUGACCAAGAACGAUCUUAAAAAAGCAGAACAAUCUAGACUGGAAGAAAAGGAUCUGUUGUCAGAGUUAAUUGACAGACCACCACCUCGUCGUCCACAGUAUGAACGAGAAAAUACCAUUUUUUUGACCGAAUUCAGAAAUACGCUUUCUCCAGAUACAUUAUCAGUUUUUAUAUUGCCUGAGUUUUUGCAAAAUUUCAAAAAUUCCAGAUGGUUUUCUGCCUUAGGAUUGGUUAGUGAACAAGAACCUGAAGGAUGGAUGGAAUUCAAUGCCAGCUCAAACCCUACUUAUUUUAUUCACUGGAUGCUUUGGACAAACAUUAUGCCAAAAAUAUGUUCACAAGCAAGUCCACCAUGUUUAAGAGAUGAAGAUUUGUAUCUUUGCCAAACUGUUUCAGAAUUAUGCUCUGAUAUCGCAGAACUACAUGCAGAUUUUCAGUUAUCUGAAGAAUGUACAUAUAGACUUCAUAUAUGUUUAAUUGAAUGCAUUAAAAAUGAACUGGGAAAGAAUGAAGAAUUUAAAGCAUGGAAAAUGCUGGAAUCAGUCAGUAAGCUGUUGGUUACACUGGGUUUUCAUGACAUCGAUACAGUAGCCAUCUUAUUAUUGCUAUACGCGAAAGUACUCCUUACCAGUGAAUCAGAUGAUGUUCAACAUCCCUGUGAAAUCAAGGAUACUAACUCGAUACAAUAUGUUCAUAAGUCACUCCAUUCAAUGGGAUUUAGAAAUAAAUACCACAAUUACCUUGAAGAGGAAUUGAUUCAACUAAAAAACAUAGGUAUACCUACAAAAGUUGCUGCAUCGAAACGGAUUUUCCACAUACGUGAUUGUAUUCACUUAGUGAAGAAUAUUGAGACAUACGGCUAUUGGAUCAAUUCCUACAAAGUAAUAUUUGUUUGGCUCGAAAGUUGGCUGGAACCAGAAGAUGACAAAUUGCUAAAGGAUAAAUCUUCCGGAAAUAUAAGGCAAACAAAAGGUAUACUUCUUUCAACAAUAAAGAAUAAAUCAAUGAAAAAAGAAGUUAAAUGGGUUCAAAAGGAUGAUGACAAUCAUGUACUAUCUGUCUUGAAGGACGGUAUAAAGGCUUUGAAUACAUUUAUUGACUGGUGUCAUGAACAACGAUUAUCUGAAUUACGUGAACAGGCCAAAGGUGAAGCGAUACAAAGUGCUACAUUAAAACAAAAGACCAAUGAUAUUAAAAAGCAAGAAAUCCAAGUAGUUCAUGAUAGUAAAAAUUGUCAAAAGCAUAAAAUGGUUAUGCUUUUGCCACCUUUAAAUGAAUCAGAUAGGUGUAUUGUACGCUUAGGUGAAUCGUAUGUAACUGAAAGACGUAAAUAUCGUAGAAUGAAUAAUAUUCUUCAGCCAUGGAUGAAUAUCACAGAACAAAGUCGAUAUGGAGAUGAUAUGAUGACAAGUCAGAGUCUACGUGAUCCAACUCAACCUUCAUACGCACAACCAUGGAAAUCAUAUAAAAAUGCGUUAACGGCCAUUUUCCACCGAAAAUACAUAUAA